AUGAUUCAAAUCAACACAUGCAGCUCGCCAAUUGGCGAUAGGACUACCCGAGAGUUGUCACGAUUCUACAGCACCAGAAUCAAAAGGGUCCAGAGAGACCCCGUAUCUGGAACGAAACCAUCACAAUUGAAAAGAUCUACACGAACUGAUGCAUUCCACGAUGUCGCAGCAAACCCGACAGCUGGCCGUCGGAUGUCUCCACGGAUGAUGACCAUCUUUGGCGCAGGCAUGCUAGCCAUCAGCACCUACUGCGGCUAUCUAUACGCAUCCUACAGCCAAGCAGUCACUCAGUCUAGAACCAUUGAGGUUCCUGCAGAUGUCUCCGAUCGCUACAACUCCACAGCGACAGGCUACGACGCCGAAGUCGAGCUCGGCGAAAAAUUCAUGCGGCUAGGCAAGAGGCGGAAAGAGCUCGUUCAAAUGGCCCGUGGAGAUGUUCUUGAGGUCAGCUGUGGUACGGGCCGGAAUAUGGAGUACUACCAACUAGGGGAGAAAAGAGCGCUCGAUGAGCGAGGGCGCGCUAUUUUACAGGGGUGUCGGUCGGUGACUUUUGUCGACCUGAGUCCGCAGAUGGUUGAAAUUGCGCGACAGAAGUUUCAAAGGCUAUAUCCCGAUUUCACAAAGGCUGCAUUUCUGGCCGAAGAUGCCAGGAAGGUUGUACCGGAGACCAAAACGCCCGCCGAGAAAACACUUGAUUGGGCAUAUUCACGGCCUUAUUUCGAUACCGUGAUACAAACCAUGGGUCUCUGUUCAACACCAGAUCCCGUUGGACUUUUACGACAUCUCGGAUCGAUCACGGAGCCGCAGCGAGGGCAAAUCUUGCUACUGGAGCACGGUCGAUCGUAUUAUGACUGGCUGAACAAGAUUCUGGAUAAUCUUGCGCCUGCACACGCGCACCGACACGGAUGCUGGUGGAAUCGUGAUAUCGGACAAAUCAUCGAGCAGAGUGGAUUGGAGGUUGUGGAGCUUCAGCGAUAUCAUUUGGGGACUACAUGGAGGGCUGUUCUGCGGCCGAAGACGAGGACGGAGAGUUGA